AUGUCUCUUUUCUUCUCCUGUUUUCCCGCACAACAGGUCUUGCAAGGAUGUCUGCCGACUCGCUGGCGCCAAAAAGGGUCUUGGGGCGUCGAGCCUAGCUACUCAUGCUGUCCAGUCAACAAAACCUGUACAAAAGAGCAGAGAAAACUUGCGAAUCUGGAUGCGCCACGACUGGAGCAGGGGCAUGCAGCGGUAAAUGAAUUAGCUGCACACAGCCCACAGCGAUCAGAGGCCUGUACGAGUCGAGCGAGACGAAAUAGGGGCGCUUUCUCUCCUUUUGGCGCCGGACAACGAUAUAAGGACGGGAGAGACGCCGUUUUGAGGAAGAAGGGGAAGGAAAAGAAGAAGAAGAAGUAG